UGUAUUUUGUUUUGAUUUAUCGGUUUGCACUGGUCAAUCAGCCCAAUCAUUACCCCAGUUAGCGAAAUCUUCCGUAAACCCAUCGCACAGGCCGAGCCCAGUGACGAAAUUAAAUUGGAACUGCCAUCCCCAGCCCACUCUAGCUAUCCGGUGAUAUGUCUACUGCAGUGUAUUACGACAACCUCCAGAUGCCACUUGAAGACAUUCAUUCCAAACCCAGCAACAUUUUACCUUCAUUAGCACAGAUUAUACCUCCAAUGAGCCACCAAUCGCAGCAGCCCCACAGUAUUCAGUCUUCCUCGUCGUCGUCCUACACCCACGAUGCGUCGCUUGUAGCCGUAGCUGCUUCUCCAGCCAACUCCACUCCCACGACAACCACCGGGCAGAUUUCUCCCAACUUGGUAGGUUCCAGCUUGCCUGUCGCAGUCAACGUUUCCGGCAUGCCUGUUUAUACCGAUUCCAAGACGUUGUACCCUUCUAGCCAGUCUGAUGUUUACGUCGGGCUGCAACUUCUGACUGCCAGCACGACACCAGCUGCCUUAGCUUACUCUGUCAACUCCAACAUUAGUCCCAGCAUCAACGUUAAUGGCAAUGCUACCUACGGCACAAGCCAGAUGGUUGGACCUGGUCCGAUGAACGGUGCCGAAGAAAAAUGUAUUUGCAAACUGAACGCUAACCGUAUUCCCAGACCGCGGAAUGCUUUCAUUCUCUUCAGACAGAAGUAUCACCAGUCGGUACUCGACGAAGGCAACGUGAUCCGGACCAAUCCCGAGGUUUCCCGUGAAUUGGGCCGUAGAUGGCGUUCGCUUUCGGCUUCAGAAAAGGACCACUGGAACAACUUGGCCGAGGAAGAAAAGAAGAAUCAUGCCAAAAAGUACCCUGGAUACCGUUACACACCUAGAAGAAAUGGUAAGAACAAGAAUUGCCCUGCUUGCCGCCAAAAAGCUAUGAGACAGCAACAGGUUCAAUUGCACAACCAACAGAUGCUCCAGAUUCAGCAGGAACAGUACCAGCAGUACUUGCAACUUCAGCAGCAACAGCAACAACAGCAACAACACAUAAUGAGCCAACAACAGCAACAGCAACACAUAAUGAGUCAACAACAGCAACAACAACAACAACACAUAAUUGGACAGCAGCAACAACAGCUGCAACAGCAACAGCAGCAACAAAAUCUAGUGGCCCAGCAGCCUCAGAAUGCUCAGCAAAUUCAGCUCCAGCAACAACAGCAAAACUCGCAGCUUGCGGGUGCAAAUCUUAUGGGUGCAAACCAGCAGUAUGUGAUUUCGUCAAACCCUUACCAUGGCAACGUUCUUGUGGCUCCUCCGGCAGCUGCAAACUACCAGGUUUCGUUCAACAACGAUUUGGGCAGUGUUGGCAAUACAAGCAGCAGCAGCAACCAAGACAAGUUGUCGCCGUUAUCCAAUAUCCCCAACCAACAAUUUGCAUUACAUCCUAAUACCCAACAAGUCCCUGCUGGAUCAGGCACUACUCUGCAUAACCCUUCUCAUCUAAGCUCAGCUUCCAACGAAAUAAUUGGUGGUUCUGGCGCUCAGUUUGCUAUUGGCUACGAUCAGCACCAGCAGGUACAGCAGGUACAACAGCCGGUUGCGGGCUACUACCAGCAUCAGCAGAGGUACAACUCUGCUCCGGGAGGAAACAACUACGGCUACGACAGUUUUGGUGUUCAGCACGGUUCGCAACAAUAAGCUGCAAGACCGGCUCAAAUUGAAAUUCCCUUGUAUAUAUAAAAAGGUGAACUAGUUUGGAACAGUGGACGUUGAACUAAUAGUCUGGUUUUGCGGACGAGUUGUUCCCUCUGUAUACUGCAGAAUAUUGUAACAUUAUUUGACAUUAAAUUUAGUUAGACUUUAAAUAUGAUGGAUACUUCAGCAUCAUAAUAAUUAUUGUACAAAUAAAACGUUUCAAAAUAG